AUGGAAAUUAAGCAAUGCUUUGAAGCUAGCUGCAGAAGUGAAGUUGAGUAUUCAUGUGAUUGCUCUUCUCCUGAAACUUAUUCCUGCAAAUUGCACUUAGCAGAGCAUCUUGAGUCAUCUAGCAAUGCCCAUCAUUUUAAGCCUCUUUUUUGGAAGCCUUGUAAAGAAACAAAAGAGAUGCUUCUUAGAUUUCUUACAAAAGAAAAGUCUAACUUUUCCCUUGGGAAGCAAGCUAAAAUAUUUCGCUCGUUAACAAAGUGGGCUAAUUAUUUAAAAAAAAAAAUUAGAUUUUAAAUAUUGUGCAAUCAAAUAUUUCGGCGCCAGUAUACGGCCCAUAAUUGCUGGUAGCUUCAUAUUUUUCUUAAUUCGGGAUUAUGCCAGUAUGGGCUGCAUUAUGGUGCCAAAAUAUUAACAAGGUACUAUAAUUAUAUAAUGCGUUGCAUUUAUUUCUUAUCAUGCAUAUGCAUGCCAUUUUGAAUUUAAUAUGUGGAAACCAAAUAUACGUUUCAAAACGCAGAUUUUAGUGCGGCAAAUUCAUAAUUUGAAAUUUCAUAUGAAAAUGGCGCGUAUAACAUAACGGCCAUAAGAAAUUUAGCCAAGAGAUGAUGACGAAAAAUAUAUAGAACUUUCUCUUCAAUAGCGCGAAAAGACGUGCAUCCUGGUUUAACUAAAAGGUCUUUGGACAAUGAAAAUCUGCUAUUCCUUCUCCAUAAGAGAGGAAAAUAGUGAAAAUGAAGAUUUUUUGUCCGAUCCAGUUUCGAGAACUGGAAGGGAUUAUUUUGUCCUAAAUUAAGAAUACCUGAGUUAUUGUGGGAUUUUGAUUUCCUACAAAAUUUUUUUAAUUUUAAUGUAUUUUUGGUUCGUCAAAUGGUUUUGACGAGUUAAUUCUGGCAGGCACGUGAAAUAAAAAAAUAAUUGAUUGCCAUAAUGUUUUAAUUUUCUGAUUUUAAGGAUGAUCAGAAAUUUUAAUAAAUGGCACAGGAUCAAAAAAACGAGAUUAAAGAUUAGUGAAAGCAAGCAUAUAUUUUCUAGCUAUAAGACGCCCAGAUAUUUGCUAAUAAAAUAAUAAGAAUUCUAAUAAAUAACUUUUAUAUUUCUCAAAUUAAUUUUUUUAUUUAAAUUUCGCUAUUUGAUGCCAUUGUUUUCUCUUUCUGAAUUUGAACCCAAAAUUCAUUUUUGAACAUUUUUUGUUCGUUUAAGUGUCAUCUUGAUUUGCACACUAUAUAAAAAAAUUAAAACUCUUAAGUCACCACUUGCGGUUUUCAUUGAAAGUAUGAAAUUUGAGAUUUAAAAUAAGCUAUUUGGUGCCUUUAUUUUCCGCUUUCUGGACUCGAGCACAAAUUUAUUUUUUGAACAUUUUUUGUUCGUUUAAGCAGCCAUCUUGAUUUUGCUCGCUAUAGAAAUAUUAAAACUCUUAAGUCACCACUUGCGGUUUCAUUGAGAACUUGGUAUUUAAAGUAUCAAAACAACUAUUUGACACCUUUAUUUUCCGCUUUCUGGACUCGAGCAUAAAUUUAUUUUUGAACACUUUUUUGUUCGUUUAAGCCGCCAUCUUGAUUUGCACGCUAUAUAAAAAAAUUAAAACUCUUAAGUCACCACUUGCGGUUUCAUUGAAAGUAUGAUAUUUGAGAUUUAAAAUAAGCUAUUUGGUGCCUUUAUUUUCCACUUUCUGGACUCGAGCACAAAUUUAUUUUUGAAUAAUUUUUGUUCGUUUAAGCAGCCAUCUUGAUUUGACCGCUAUAUAAAAAAAUGCAAACUCUUAAGUCACCACUUGCGGUUUCAUUCAAAACUUGAUAUUUGAAAAACUAAAAUAAGCUUCUUGGUAUCUUUAUUUUCCGCUUCUUGGACUCGAGCACAAAUUCAUUUUUGAACAAUUUUUUGUUCGUUUAAGUGCCAUCUUGAUUUGCACGCUAUAUAAAAAAAUUAAAACUCUUAAGUCACCAUUUUGCGGUUUCAUUGAUAGUAUGAUAUUUGAGAUUUAAAACAGCUAUUUGGCGCCUUUAUUUUCCGCUUUUUGGACUCGAGCACAAAUUCAUUUUUGAACAUUUUUUGUUCGUUUAAGCCGCCAUCUUGAUUUUGUACGCUAUAUAAAAUAUUAAAACUCUUAAGUCACCACUUGCGGUUUUAUUGAGAACUUGAUAUUUGAGAUUUAAAAUAAGCUAGUUGAUAUCUCUAUUUUCCGCUUUCUGGACUCGAGCACAAAUUCAUUGUUUAACAUUUUUUGUUCGUUUAAGCAGCCAUCUUGAUUUGGUACGCUAUAUAAAAAAAUUAAAACUCUUAAGUCACCACUUGCGGGUUCAUUGAAAGUAUGAAAUUUGAGAUUUAAAAUAAGCUAUUUGGUGCCUUUAUUUUCCGCUUUCUGGACUCGAGCACAAAUUCAUUUUUGAAUAUUUUUUGUUCGUUAAAGCCGCCAUCUUGAUUUUACUCGCUAUAGAAAUAUUAAAACUCUUAAGUCACCACUUGCGGUUUCAUUGAGAACUUGGUAUUUAAAGUAUCAAAACAACUAUUUGACACCUUUAUUUUCCGCUUUCUGGACUCGAGCACAAAUUCAUUUUUGAACAUUUUUUGUUCGUUUAAGCUGCCAUCUUGAUUUUGCUCGCUAUAUAAAAAAUUAAAACUCUUAAGUCACCACUUGCGGUUUCAUUGAAAGUAUGAAAUUUGAGAUUUAAAAUAAGCUAUUUGGUGCCUUUAUUUUCCGCUUUUUGGACUCGAGCACAAAUUUUAUUUUUGAACAAUUUUUUUCGUUUAAGCCGCCAUCUUGAUUUUGUACACUAUGUAAAAAUAUUAAAACUCUUAAGUCAUCACUUGCGGGUUUAUUCAAAACUUGGAAUUUAAAGUAUCAAAACAGCUAUUUGGUGCCUUUAUUUUCCGCUUUCUGGACUCGAGCACAAAUUCAUUUUUGAACAAUUUUUGUUCGUUUUAGCCGCCAUCUUGAUUUUGCUCGCUAUAUAAAAAUAUUAAAACUCUUAAGUCACCACUUGCGGUUUCAUUGAAAGUAUGAUAUUUGAGAUUUAAAAUAAGCUAUUUGGUGACUUUAUUUUCCGCUUUCUGGACUCGAGCACAAAUUCAUUUUCAGACAUUUUUGCUCGUUUAAGCCGCCAUUUUGAUUUUGUACACUAUGCAAAAAAUUAAAGCUCUUAAGUCACCACUUGCGGUUUCAUUGAGAACUUGGUAUUUAAAGUACCAAAACAACUAUUUGACACCUUUAUUUUCUGCUUUCUGGACUCGAGCACAAAUUCAUUUUUGAAGAAUUUUUGUUCGUUUAAGCCGCCAUCUUAAUUUUGCACGCUAUAUAAAAUAUUAAAAUUCUUAAAUCGCCGCUUGCGGUUUCAUUUAGAACUUGGUAUUUGAGAACUAAAAUAAGCCAUUUGGUGCCUUUAUUUUCCGCUUUCUGGACUCGAGCACAAAUUCAUUUUUGAACAUUUUUUGUUCGUUUAAGUGCCAUCUUGAUUUUGCUCGCUAUAUAAAAAAAUUAAAACUCUUAAGUCACCACUUGCGGUUUUAUUGUAGACUUGAUAUUUGAGAAACAAAAUAAGCUAUUUGACACCUCUAUUUUCCGCUUUCUGGACUCGAGCACAAAUUCAUUUUUGAACAAUUUUUGUUCGUUUAAGCCGCCAUCUUGAUUUGACCGCUAUAUAAAAUAUUAAAACUCUUAAGUCGCCACUUGCGGUUUUAUUGUAGACUUGAUAUUUAAAGCAUUAAAACAGCUAUUUGAUGCCUUUAUUUUCCGCUUUAUGGACUCGAGCACAAAUUCAUUGUUUAGCAUUUUUUGCUCGUUUAAGCCGCCAUCUUGAUUUUGUACACUAUAUAAAAAAAUUAAAACUCUUAAAGUCACCACUUGCGGUUUCAUUCCAAACUUGAUAUUUGAGAACUAAAAUAAGUUAUUUGAUGCCUUUAUUUUCCGCUUUUUGGACUCGAGCACAAAUUUCAUUUUUGAACAAUUUUUGUUCGUUUAAGCCGCCAUCUUGAUUUUGCUCGCUAUAGAAAUAUUAAAACUCUUAAGUCACCACUUGCGGUUUCAUUGAGAACUUGGUAUUUAAAGUAUCAAAACAACUAUUUGACACCUUUAUUUUCCGCUUUCUGGACUCGAGCACAAAAUCAUUUUUGAACAUUUUUUGUUCGUUUAAGCUGCCAUCUUGAUUUUGCUCGCUAUAUAAAAUAUUAAAACUCUUAAGUCACCACUUGCGGUUUCAUUGAGAACUUGGUAUUUAAAGUGUCAAAACAGCUAUUUGGUGCCUUUAUUUUCCGCUUUCUGGACUCGAGCACAAAUUCAUUUUUGAACAAUUUUUGCUCGUUUAAGCCGCCAUCUUAAUUUUGUACGCUCAAUAAAAAAUUAAAACUCUUAAGCCACCACUUGCGGUUUUAUUGUAGACUUGAUAUUUGAGAAACAAAAUAAGCUAUUUGACAUCUCUAUUUUCCACUUUCUGGACUCGAGCACAAAUUUAUUUUUGAACAUUUUUUUGUUCGUUUAAGCCGCCAUCUUGAUUUUGUCAACUUUCUGAUCAUCCUUAACAUCAGAAAAUUAAAAAAUAAUGGCAAUUUUUUUAUUAUUUAUUUCAAGUACUAACCAGAAUUGACUCGUCAAAACUAUUUGACAAACCAAAAUACAUUGAAAUUAAAAAAUUUGCAAGAAAUCAAAAUUCCACAAUAGCUCAGGUAUUCAUAAUUCAGACCAAAAAAAAUCCUUCAAGUUCUCUAGACUGGAUCGGGCAGAACUUUUCACUUUUACUAUUUGCCUCUCUUAUGGAGAAGGAAAAGCUAAUUUUCAUGGUCCAAAGACCUUUUAGUCAAACUAAGAUGCACGUCUUUUCGCGCUAUUGAAGAGAAAGUUCUAUAAUUUAUGUUUAAAAUGUAAGCUGUUUAAAUUUAAUAAAUUAUCUGAGAUCUCACUAAUAUAAUCAUUAACUACAUAUCAAAUUAUUAUUUAUAUAAAAAUAUAUUUAUAUUCUUGCUAAACAAAGAGCUUAAUUUUCUCGAAAAUAGCUAGCUAAGGGCAGGAGCAAGCAAGAUGAACUGAGGAAAAAAUUCGUGGAUUCUUUUGUUCAGAAUCUUCAAAAUUUGAAAAAUAAUCUUGAAGAGCACUUAGAUGAGCUGGACUCUAAUUUGUUCGAAAUUAAUAGUUCCUUUGAAAAAGUUUUUCAAGCCCAGAAAAUAUCAAAAUCCGAGCAGGAUCCAAUUUUAAAACUAUUGACUCUGCAUCCAGAUGAUGCUAUUGAAAAAGCUAAAAAAAUAAUUCCAAUAAGUUCAAAUUUCUUAGAGACCGAUCAAACAGCUUCUAUAAAAAGCAAAAAAAUAAAAAAUGGAAGAUUAUGCAAGCACAAACUCACCCUCUUCUCUGUCUAA